AUGUCCUUCGCAUCUCACCCAGCUUUCAGGAACUUCCAGCCUACCCCUGCCAGUAUACCACCCCGCAAUGUUGUACUGAGGCAAGUAACCCCCAAGGACAAACCAGUGUACUUGCACAACCUUAAUCCGCUCGCUUUCUUGCUCCGAGCUGCCCAGAUAUACCCCAAUAAACUGGCCAUUGCCCACCCAGACACUGAGCACCCCGUGUUCUAUUCGUUCUCCGUCUGGUGCCAGAGAGUACAGAAUCUCGCGUACGCACUUAUUCACGUAGAUGCACACUUCGGAUUCCUCGCUGCUCGUUGCGUGUUUACGCCCAUCAAUAUUCGGCUCAAGCCUACUGAAGUCGAAUACAUUAUUGAACACAGCGGAUCAAAGCUUGUGUUAUGCGACCGUGAAUACUUGCAUCUACUAGCAGGCGUCCGCGUACCAGUAAUCAUUUGCGACGACACUGGUAAGCCGGACGACCCAUAUGAGCAGUUUCUCGCAAAAGGGAGAGAGUUCAGUGCCGAAAGAAGCUGGCAAGGACUAGAAGCGGAACCAAAUGAAAACGCGGCAUCCACUCUGUGCUAUACGUCUGGUACUACAGGACGACCGAAGGGUGUCGUCUCUACACUUCGAGGAGCGUACCUAGCCGCAAUAGGGAACGCAUUCGAAAGCCAGAUCAAUCGUGAUUCUACGUAUCUCUGGAUAUUGCCUAUGUUCCAUGCCGCAGGCUGGACCUAUCCAUGGGCCACCGUCUUUGCAUUUGCGACGCAGAUAACGCUCAGGACAGUAGAUUACUCCCUUAUCUGGAAUCAUUUCCUCCACUCUGGUGUCACGCAUUACUGUGGUGCACCGACAGUUCAGAUUGGCAUAUUCAACCAUCCGAAAGCAAAGAGGCUCGAACGCGGUAUAACAGCUAUCAUCGCUGGUUCUGCACCCACCGCCCAUCUUAUCAGCGAACUUGAGAAGAUAGGCAUAAAGCCAUGCCAUACAUACGGUCCUUUCACCCGCUGCUACGAGUAUCCCGAGUGGAAAACUCUUUCCUUAGAAGAUAGAUCGAAGCUCAUGGCUCGCCAGGGUCAAACCUUCGCGACAGCAGAAGUCGCGCGUGUCGUCUACCAGCCCGACCCGGACCUGCCCCUAGACAAGGUCGUGCUUGUAGAUGUGCCGAAAGAUGGUAAGACCAUUGGCGAAAUCGUUACCAAGGGAAAUAUUGUCAUGAAAGAGUAUCUCAAUGACCCCGAAGCAACGAAGAAGGCAUUCCGCGGCGGCUACUUCAAUACUGGCGAUUUAGCUGUCAUGCACCCCGAUGGGUCCAUUGCGAUCAUGGAUCGCAGUAAGGACAUAAUCAUCUCAGGAGGCGAGAACGCAUCCAGUUUGGCCAUUGAACAAGAACUUGCAAGCCACCCUCAUAUCCUGGAGGUGUCGGUUGUAGCUCGCUCACAUCCUAAGUGGGGCGAACGCCCUAUGGCAUUCGUAAUCCUUCAUCCACAACACGCAGAAAAAUGGGCCGGCCGGCAUGCGGAAUUCGAGAGAGACCUGAAGGAACAUGCGAAGAAGCGUUUGCCGGGCUUCGCUUGUCCGGAGUGGGUAGAAGUUGUGCCCGAGUUACCCAAAACAUCUACUGGGAAGAUUUUAAAGACAGAAUUGAGAAAACGGGUUAAUAAUAUGAAGGCAAAGUUAUAA